GUCCCCUCCUCUGACAUGGUGCAGGUGAGAGUUUCCACUUGUUACGCUAUUCAAAUGGGCGGAGGAGGAGGUAACUGAGAGAAACAGGGCACUCCAGAGAGAGAAAGCUCAUUUUCUUCGACUUAUGUUGAGAUAAAAGCAUGAUUUUUAAACCACAGGUUGGGCCCAGAGCUGUCUCUUCUUCAUCCAGUCGCAUUAUGUCUCCAGUCUGUUUUAUGAAGGACACAGGUAUUUUAUGCCUGUUCCUAUCAGGACUCCUGCUGCUUCCAGCAUUUGUGUCUGGGGUCACAACAGAAAUGAGCACCACUUCUUCUGCCACUGAUUCAGUCACAGUGUCAGAAGCCUCUACCACCACUAUGCUCCAAGUUUCAACCAUGGAACAAACCACAACCGAAGCAAAUCCCCAAAUCUCUUCUUCCACUGUGUCCAAAACAGCAAAAGACACCUCCACCCAGUCCAGUACUAUGGUUUCUGGCAGUUCAACAGUCAACCCUACUCAGAGCAUCAUGUCCAUCACUUAUGGAGGUACUGCAACGUCCACUGCAGCCCCGUCUCCCACAACUACCUUAAGCUCUAAAGGCCAAACAUCAGUCAGCACUCUCUCUGCCUCACCCACCCUGGCUUCAUCCAGCACCCACUCUGCCUCACCCACCUUGGCUCCAUCCAGCACUCACUCUGCCUCACCCACCUCCGGAGGCUCCUCACCAUUCAGCACCCACUCCCCUCCAACCACCUCCGGAGGCUCAGCAUUGCACAGCACCCUCUCUGUCUCAAGCACCUUACAAGACGGAAUGACUGCAAAAAACUCCACAUCAAAUUCUUCAAUGGAUAUGAUAUAUUGCCCUUCCUUCUCCUGCAACUACUCCGACUGCUACUCCAUGUACAACAGUCAGAAUGCCUCUGCUUGUGCUUCUGGAGAAUCAUGUCAGCUGUUGAGAUCAAUGGACAUUUGGUACAAUGUGAGCUGCAGUGCUUCUUGUGCUGAAAGUUGCAGCAACACCACUCAGACCACCUGUGCUGUGAACUGCUGUAACUCCACUGGCUGCCUUAGUGGCAAUUUUGCAUCCAUGAUGAUGACAACCACAGUGGCUGCAACCACCACAACAGCCUCCCCGACAACAACAACCUCAACAACCGCAAACAAUGGUAACAAAUGUCAGAAGGGUAUGUGUAAUGGUGAAAAUUGUUACCAAAUUUUCAAAAAUGGAAUGCCUGAAACCUGUUCCUCCAUGGAGCCACACUGUGAGUUGAAAAAGAAGUACUCUGGCUCCGAUGUUGUUUGGGAAGCAGGGUGCAGCAAUUGCACUGUUCAUACUGCCUGUAGGGGAUCUUCAACCACCUCAUGUCACCUGGAGUGCUGCACUGCCACCACCACCUCCUGCCUGAUGCUGAACGGCACGCUGAAUGUCCCUUCUUUCGCCACUAGAGGUCCCCAUCUUCACAUAGAGUUAAUUACUUCCUUGCUAUCUCUGCUUGCUCUCAGUCUGCUUCUCUGAGUUAAGGAGCAUACCUGCAGUCAUCAGUGUCUGUAUAUGUAUCUUGAUGGGAGUUAAUCUGUUAUUAUAGAAGUACAAACUUAUGAAAAGCAUCAGCUGAUUGCUAUGCUCUGUCUCUCCUUUCCAUUUCACAAUUAUUUCUGUUUAAAGACGAUCAACAGGGCUUUAAAAUCACAUUUUAUUAAAGAGCAUUAAACAAGA